GGAAGAGAAAACACAAGUGUCGCCACAUUUGAGCCGGGCGGCGAAGCGGCUGUGUGUUGCCUCUCCACGGUUCUCAUGUGCUCUAUAAGCCCCGCCUCCUCUCCGCUCGGACACCUUCAGACGAACACAGCAGAACUCAGCAGCAGACAUGGCAGAAGAAGCUCCAGCAGCGGCUCCGGCCAAAGCCCAGAAGAAGAAGGCGGCUCCCCGUCCCAAGAAGGACGGCCCCACCCUCCCGAAGCUCAUCAUCAGCGCCGUGGCCGAGUCCAAGGAGCGCAAGGGGGUUUCUCUGGCGGCCAUUAAAAAGGUUCUGGCCGCCAAAGGCGUGGAUGUGCCGAAAGCAAACAAGCGCAUCAACACCGCCGUGACUAAGCUGGUGACCGGAGGAACCCUGGGACAGACUAAAGGGACCGGGGCCUCCGGCUCCUUCAAGCUCGCCAAGGAGCCCAAAGCCGACAAACCUGCGAAGAAGGUGGUGAAGAAGAAAGCUCCCGUUAAAGCCAAGAAGCCCGCAGCCAAGAAAGUUACAGCCGCCAAGAAACCUGCAGCCAAGAAGCCAGCAGCAAAGAAAGUAGCAGCCAAGAAGUCCCCGAAGAAGAAGGCGCCGGCGAAGAAAGCUGUUAAAAAGCCCGUAGCGAAGAGUCCCAAGAAGAAGACUCCCGUUAAAAAGGCCAAACCGGCGAAGAAGCCCGCUGCCAAGAAAGCCCCGGCAAAGAAACCCGCAGCCAAGAAGUCCAAGAAGUGAAGCGGCUCCUAAUCCAGCACUCAGUGCGCCAAAGGUUCUUUUAAGAGCCACCA